AUGGUUUCUCGAUGCAGUGGGGGGAUUGAGGGAGCCCCUCCGUCUUCUAAACCACCGAACCCUCCCGCCAAAGGACGGCUGGCAAGACUCGGCUCCAGCCCAUCAAAACGAGACGACAGACCGAAAGAUGAUAGGGCGGCAAAAACCACGGCCAAGGAUGUUGCCGAACUUAAAGAUUAUCAACUGGGUGAUUGUUUAGGUAAAGGGGCAUUCGGGUCAGUUUACAGGGCACUGAACUGGAACACUGGGGAGACUGUUGCCGUUAAACAGAUAAAGCUGGCAGAUCUUCCGAAGAGUGAGUUGCGUGUCAUUAUGCUAGAAAUUGAUCUUCUGAAGAAUCUGGAUCACUCCAACAUCGUGAAGUACCAUGGUUUUGUGAAAUCGGCUGAAACUCUAAAUAUCAUACUUGAAUAUUGCGAAAAUGGCUCCUUGCAUUCAAUCGCAAAGAAUUUCGGACGUUUUCCAGAAAACCUGGUCGGACUUUACAUGUCGCAGGUCCUCCACGGUCUCUUGUACCUCCAUGAGCAAGGUGUCAUCCAUAGAGAUAUCAAAGGUGCAAAUAUUCUCACAACUAAACAAGGCCUCGUCAAACUUGCGGACUUCGGUGUUGCCAGCCGUACUACUGGGCUCAAUGAAUCGAGUGUUGUCGGCACGCCAUAUUGGAUGGCCCCAGAAGUGAUUGAGCUUUCAGGUGCAACGACAGCUUCAGAUAUCUGGAGUCUUGGCUGUACAGUGAUUGAGCUACUGGAAGGAAAGCCUCCCUAUUAUAACCUUCAGCCCAUGCCAGCUCUUUUCCGCAUUGUCAAUGACGACCAUCCGCCCCUUCCCCAAGGCGCCUCUCCGGCUGUUAAGGAUUUCUUAAUGCAGUGCUUUCAGAAAGAUCCCAACCUUCGUGUCUCUGCAAGAAAGCUUCUGAAACAUCCAUGGAUAGCCAACGCCCGCAGAUCAGACUCGGUCGUUCCCAAAAAGUCCACCGAGUAUGAGGAAGCAGUUAAAAGUGUCCAAGAAUGGAAUGAAGCCCUGCGUUCACCUGAAGCAGGGACUCUACGGAAGCCGUUCAGACAUGAUUAUCAAAGCCCGGCCCCCCUGCCCUCAUCCCGUAGUACGCCAACGAAGGAUGUUCUCCCAUCUCCAAUUUCCAGAAGUGUAGCAGAUCGAUUCAGGUCGCCCGACUCUACUGAAGAAGAUAAUUGGGAUGAUGACUUCGCUACUGCUAUUUCCCCAAGUGCAUUGCAAUUACCUCACCUUCGGCCACAGGAUAAUUUCGGGGGAAUGCUCUCUUCUGAGAAGCUCAAGGCUUUUGCCUCUUUAGAUGGAACAGUUUUAAGGUCUGAUGAGAACUUCGAUGAAUUCGAUGACUCUUUCAGAACCUCGCUCCAGUUUGGGUAUUCAGAUCCGCUAGAAACAAUUCGGCCUUUCCCAAGCAAACAAACAGAUAUCGAAGAUACACAACUGCAAAAUGAACCAGGUUACCCAAUCAACAAAAGCACUAUGGCCAUGCAUAAUGUGCCUAUACUCACACAGAACCCAGUACCACCAAUGAGGCAACCCCGUCCGGCUUCUUACUACAAGGAGAACUCUGUAGAGGAUUACUCUGAUCUAAUACAAGCGAAUGAAGAUGUUUUAGACCGGAAGCUUGCCGUGUUUCGGGAAGCCGAUGAUGACCUGGAAGCGCUAUUUUCCUCGUCCUCAAAGGAAGUGGCCCGAUAUCAACCAUCCUUUGAAGAUGAAAAUGACCCCCAACCUCAGCUUAGAAAAAGGAUAUCUGUUAAACGUCAUCGUUCAGCCAUAGAGAUACAAAGGUUCACCGAAAACGAAAGAGACGAAGAUUUCUCUGAUAUUCUUGGCGCUGAUCAGGUAGCGCUGGACAAAUCUGAGAGCGAGGGCAGUUCGGUUCAAGGUACACUGAUGCUAAAUUCCAAGCUGUCGAACGAUUCCUGGCUUGGAGAUCAAGAUGAUGAGGAUGAUCCGUUUGCCCAGCUUGAGGAAGGUUUAGACGAAGUAGACCUGGAAGCAAACAUCGCACGUGAUAAGCAUGCUCGGCUCCGCGGUCAAGUCGAGGGGCUCGUUAGCUCAUUGAAGACCUCACAGGACGAAGAUGUACUUGGUGAGAUCUCGGAGCAGUUACUGACGGUUUUCUAUGAUCUCCCAGAAACUAAAAACAUCAUCAUCAGUGCUCACGGAAUGCUACCAAUUCUUGAGAUUCUUGACAUGUGCCGUCGGCGUGACAUCGUCAUCUGUUUAUUGAGAAUAGUUAACGCAAUUAUCUAUGAUGACUAUGAAGUACAAGAAAAUCUCUGCUUCGUUGGGGGGAUUCCUAUUAUCAACGAGUUUGCCUCCAAGAAGUACCCGCGAGAGAUCCGACUUGAGGCCGCAACUUUUGUACAACAGAUGUACCAGACGUCUACUCUUACUUUGCAGAUGUUUGUCAGUGCAGGAGGAUUGAACGUUCUGGUUGAAUUCCUAGAAGAUGAUUAUGAAGAUGAACGUGAUCUGGUUCUGAUUGGUGUGAACGGUAUCUGGAGCGUUUUCGAAUUGCAAGGUUCAACGCCAAAAAAUGAUUUCUGUAGAAUUCUAUCCCGUAAUUCAGUGUUGGAUCCUCUCUCUCUAGUUUUAAGUCGGGUGUUGGACGAGGAAGGGGAGCUAGCUGAGAUCGUCGAGGGUCGCAUUGCGAACAUAUUUUUCAUUUUCUCCCAAGCUGAAAACCAUGUAAAGGAGAUGGUUGCUGAGCGGACGGUUCUACACAGGGUGCUAAAAGAAUUGAGGCGCAUGACUCCUGCUCACCAGAUUACCAUGUUGAAGUUUAUCAAAAACUUGUCCAUGUUAUCGACUACUCUUGAUUCUCUACAAAAUUCGAAUGCCAUCGACGUGCUGACCGAUUUGCUGAGAUCUACGAUUAAGCGACCACACUUCCGAGAAGUUUCCAACCAGAUCUUGAACACCAUUUAUAACAUGUGUCGUCUUAACAAAUCUCGGCAGGAGGAUGCGGCUCUGAAUGGUAUUGUACCACUACUGCAAAAAAUCGUAAAGACCGAACGACCAUUAAAGGAAUUCGCACUGCCAAUACUCUGCGACAUGGCUCAUUCUGGCAAAGUCGGCCGUCGCGAGCUGUGGCGCAACAAGGGUCUGGCAUUCUAUAUCUCUUUGCUUUCCGAUCCAUACUGGCAGGUGACUGCUCUAGAUGCUAUCUUUACAUGGCUUCAAGAAGAGACAGCGAAGGUUGAGGAGCACCUUCUUGACAACCGUCUUGAUAAGCCAUCAUUUACAGACGCCAUUGUCAGGUGCUUGACGAUAUCCAAGGCAAACGCAUUUGAGAACCUCCUUGAACCCCUCCAAAAACUUCUUAGACUCAGUCCUCCCAUUGCCUCGACGCUCGCACGGCCAGAUCUAUUCAACAGGGUAGGGCAGAAGCUUCAUCAUAACAAAGCAGCAGUACGUUUGAACCUACUCCGGAUAAUAUCCAGCAUUUGCGAUGCGAGCGACGAGCAGGGCGGCCUUCUCGCAAAAUAUGGCCUGCUGGAUGCUAUCAGAGAGUUAGAGAACGAUCCCGCUAUUCUUGUUAGGGACAUGGCCGGAAAACUCAUACAAUCCAACGAGAUAAGCGAGGUCUACACUCUAGGCAAACGCAAACCCGGUGUACGACGGCGAAGUACUUCCAACACACCUCCCAUUCUCCUAGCGAAUCAGUCGGCCCCGUCGACGCCACAGAUCAACCGAAAUAGCCAGUCCAAAGGAUUCUACGAGGGCCGGGAGAGCCAACGGCACCCACGAAACGCCCUCAGUGGCUCUGCCCUUGCGAUACGACCUGGCAGUAGAGAUGGUGUCAACUCCGGCCUUGCACCAGUCUUGAAUGGAAGCUCGGGUGUAUCCAGAAACAGAGUGCCGCGGGUGUCUAACAGACUAUCCCAUGUCGACCUUUUGGCUGAAGAAGAUGCUAGAAGGCCAAGUUCAGCAUCUCGCCGACCUUCUAUUCUACCCCGGCGUCGACAUACAGCACAGCCAGAUGCCGAGUGGACGCCGUAA